UCAGUCAGAGUCAGUCAUGGAUCGCCAUCACCGCCAUUGAAAGGUAAAUUCUUGGUCAAACUGAAAACCCCCUUUAAAUCCUGCUGUAAUUAUACUUCUUCAAGUUUCAUCCUGUCUUCCCACUGUCCAGUUUGAUUCCUUUCACAAAUCAAAACUCCUCCCUUGGUCCAGUUUGUCCCCAUCAAACACUCCCAAAAUAACCAAAUAAAAAAGCCAAAAAAAAAAAACCCAAAAAAUCCCAUUCAAAUCCCACCAAAUCCCCCUCACCUCCAUACUUAUAUAAACCCCAUGUGGUAUUAGUUCUUCUGCCAACAAAGAUCUUUUCUUUCUUUUUCAUUUUUUGGUUCAUUUUCUUUUUCCUGCCCAAAAUGAUAACCAGUAAUUCUACUGGUAACCAUGUCCAUCAGCAUCAUCAGCAGAAAUCUCAUUCUCAUUCUCACCAUAGAAAUCUACCCAAGAGAAUAAUCUUGGUCCGGCAUGGCGAAAGCGAAGGGAACAAAGAUGACUCGGCAUACGUUGCCACCCCGGAUUACAGAAUCCCAUUAACUUCUACUGGCAUUUCCCAAGCUCGGCAAGCCGGAUUAGGCAUCAGGCAGGUGGUUUCCGAUCAGGGUUCUUCUCAGAAUUGGAGAAUUUACUUCUAUGUCUCUCCUUAUGAGCGCACGCGCUCCACGCUCCGGGAGAUCGGCCGGGAAUUUUCUAGGCGUCGAGUGAUCGGUGUCCGGGAAGAGUGCAGGAUUAGGGAACAAGAUUUUGGGAAUUUUCAGGUGGCGGAGAGGAUGAAGAUUAUUAAAGAGACCAGAGAGAAGUUUGGGAGGUUCUUUUAUCGGUUUCCUGAAGGCGAAUCGGCGGCCGAUGUCUAUGACAGGGUUUCCAGUUUCCUUGAAUCUUUAUGGAGGGAUAUAGACAUGAACAGACUUCAACAAAACGCAGCUGAUGACCUAAAUCUCGUAAUUGUAUCUCAUGGACUAGCUAUUCGCGUCUUUCUCAUGAAGUGGUUCAAGUGGACUGUAGAACAAUUUGAGUAUCUAAACAAUCUUGGCAACUGCGAGUUUCGAGUUAUGCAAUUAGGCAUUGGUGGAGAAUAUAGCUUGGCAGUCAAUCAUAGUGAUGAAGAGAUGCAAGCAUGGGGGUUAUCCUCAGAUAUGAUAGCAGACCAGAUGUGGCGAGCUCAUGCCAAGAAGGGGGAUUGGAAUGAAAAGUGUCCUUGGUACCUUGAUGCUUUCUUUGAUAGCCUAGCUGAGACAGAUGAAAGUUCUGAAGAAGAUGAUGAAAGCAAAGAGUUCUUGGACUGCGUGUGAAAGGGGUGUAUAUUUUCCAGUUCUCCUUUGGUUCAGUUGUAUAGGCUAUUUGUCACUUCUUUACUGUACUUCUAGGUGUCACACAACAAUUCCCCCUGUAUCUGUUUCGCCCCACAUUCUCUUGUUAGGAGCUAAAUAUUUUCAUGUCAUAAUGUGAAAACAUCUCUUAGUUUAACAUUGUGGAAAUGACCUAUUAUACAUUACAUUGAUGCCUCCAUGGACAUGAAUCACAAUAAACAAGUUGUUCGGUUUAAA